GACAUGCGCUUGUUUACUUUUUUAUUUUACGGCGCUGCAUGCAUGCGACGGACGGGUUAGUUCAUUAUUGUGAAAAAUGGUGGUUAAGAUGAUCGGCAAAUCAAGUCCACGUGCUGAAAAGAAGGCAUCCGGUGUUACAUUGGUCACAAGCAAACGGCGUUUCCAGAAGCAGGCUGAAAUAGUUACGAACACCAGCAAUGGCGCCGAGGAAAAAGCUAUCCUCGUGGCUAAAGAGCUGAAAUUCGUCAAAACCCUAGCUGGUAACGAUCCGAAACUUCGCCGAAAAGUUUUAAAAAAUCUGAAAAUAUGGUUGGCCACUCGGAGUCGGAGCACUUUUUCAUUUACCGACACCGAUUUUCUGCGUCUUUGGAAGGGUUUGUUCUACUGUAUGUGGAUGUCAGAUAAGCCAUUGAUACAGGAAAGCUUGGCAGAUGAAAUAGCGAGUUUAGUGCGCUGCUUUGACCAACUAUCGGUGGCUUUGAAGUACUUUGGCGCUUUUCUGCAAACGAUGUGUAAUGAAUGGUUCGGGAUUGAUCAUUGGCGGAUGGAUAAAUUCAUGAUGUUGGUACGUCGUUGCACCCGGCAAAUGCUUUUAGUGUUACAUGAAUCUAAUUGGCCGGAAAGUAAUGUUCGGGAAAUGAUGGAACAUGUAGAAAAGACUAUCCUCAAUGCCGAUGUUUGCACGUUUGGACUGACAAAGCAUUUCAAUGAUUUAAUACUGGAGGAGCUGGCCAAAGUAAGUGAAGGAGAAGUUGACCCAACUAUUGUUCAUAUUUUUCUCAAAUCAUAUGCCCAAGCCCUUAUCAGCACAAAUGAUAUGCGAUUAAUUAAACAAAUCACAUCAAGUAUUUUCCAUUCACUACUGUAUCAGUCAGCAUUAGGACAGGACUAUCAAGAAAAGUUUGAUCUUUGGAAAAAAAAUAAUUUUGUGACUGGAAACAUCGAUGAUGUUGAUUUCGAUGUAAUGUACGAAGACGAUGACCAAGAAGAGGAUGUUGUUGACGACGCAAUAGAAAGUGAUGAUGAAGAAUCUGAUACACAGGAAAAAAUUUACGAUCCCCGAGCUGGUCAAGUAGACGUUGUGAUCAACGAAAUUCAAUUUGAUCCAUUAAAAGUGAUAGAGAUGCUGGAAUGUGAUCGUUUCAAAACCACUUCAACGUCGAAAGGCAAAAAACAUAUGAAAAUGUUGGUUAAACAAUACAAAAAAUAUGCCGCCGGGUUAUUCCCAUUAGGUGUUCAAUCUGUGGAAAGCAUUGAUAAAAAAGAUUACGCUGUAGAUUUGGAUGAGCAGAUUAAAGAAAUAGAUGAGUAUGAAAAGGAGUUGUUUGGCGAUAAAAUUGAUAAAAAGAAAAAGAAGAAAGAUAAUAAAAAAGCGAGUGUUGUUCAAAGCAGUGAAGAAACUACAACUCUAUCAGAAAACAACGAAAAACAUACUUCAGAUAAAAAAUCGGGGUCUAAAAAAAAGAAGAAGAAGUUAACUAGAGCGCAACUGAAAGAAGAAAAGCUGAAGCAAUUGACGCUCAAAAGAGAAGCUAAACUGAAAGACUUGAAAGAACAGAAGCAAGCCAAACUGACAAAGAAAUCUAAAACGACAGUUGAAAUUAAAACUAAAAUCAAAAAAUCAUCAAACGUAGAAAAAUCUGACAAUGUUACGGAUACGCCUCCAGCCGUCAGUAAUAACGUAUCCGUACAAACUUUUGCAGUUCAAGAUGACUGGUCUCAGCCAUUGAAAGAAGGCGAAAAUGAAUAUUUUGUACCCUCGCGUAAAUCUAAACUUCAAGAAGCUAACCAGUCACUCAAAGAAGAAGACAAUGGAAAAACAUUGGUUAAAAAUCCUUUUGCCACUCCUAAAAAUAGCGCCCGAGCCUUGAAACGAGUUUUAGGAACCGCGAACACUGUGGGUAAUUCGGCGACCAAAAAGAAACGUGUGCAAAUCGCUCUCAACAAGAACAUUUCCCAGGAGCUACAGCAGCAUAUUCAACAGGUUAAAAGUUCACCGCAGUUACCGUAUGAUUCAAACAAGAAGCCUGCGAAAGGAGUGCUGAAACAAAACCUGAUGCCAAGCCCGAUCAAUCCGUUUUACAGGAAGAAAAUCGGGUUAAGGUUAAACGAAACUUUAUGAAUCGGUUUAUUGAUACAAAAAUAACAGUUGUACAGAAGCGAUAAGGAGUUAUUAGUUUAUUAAAUGCUACAAAAUGUCGCAGGAAAAUAUUAUCCAAUAAAAGUUUCUCUCAGAUUUUUA